AUGGCUUUCUGGGGAACCGAAGUGAAACCUGGGAAGUUCUUCACUCAUGCACCUCUCUAUGGAAGGCUUCAUAUAUCCCAGGCGACGUUAGGAAUGGGUAGUGGAGUACAGAAAAGCAUAGUUAAAUGUAUUGUUGGGUAUAGUAAGCCGGUAUUUCUGUGUAGUUUGUUUCCUGAUAAGGCAGAGUGUUGUCAACUCAAUUUGGAAUUCGAGGAAUCUGCUGAAGUCGUUUUCUCCGUUAUUGGCCCUCGAGCAGUUCAGCUUACUGGUUACUAUCUGGGCUCUUCUUCCCUUGAUCGUCAUCACAGUGAUGGAUCAGAACACUAUGGAGAAGAUAUUGCAGACACCGAAACAGACUGGACCAAGAGUAGUGAAGAAAGUGAGUAUGGCGGUAGUUUUAUUAACGAUGAUGAUGAUCCACAAGUAUUCUCAUCUUCUGAAGAAUCUCCUGCUGGGUUUGGAUCAAAUGAAGAAAUGCGAGGCUUAAAGUUUAAGGGUCGCUUAGGAAAGCGUAGGAGGCUUAGGAAGAAGUACCAGAAAAGUGAAUCUGAUCAUGGAAGUUCUCGGCAAAAGGAUUUCACCAAUUGUUUUUCUCCUAGGGAACUAUUUGUCAGUGAAACUGAAAAUACAUUGCCUAUUUCCUCACUGUUUUCAGCAAAAUGCGCAUCAAAGAGCAGAAAAGACGAUAUAGGGGGAGAAUCUAGGAAAUAA